CUACCUAGCCAUAUUGAUAACAUGGCCAUGUCUUGUGGUCUAUAUCCUAUCGUACGAUUGCGAGAUGGAGCUUCUCUGCAAUAUUUAGAGAGAAGAGUUUUUUGAGCUUUUUAACAAAGGGACCAGCCUUAAGAUUAAAUUUUCAUAAUUUAGAGAACGAUAUCUUUCAAAUCUUCAUGAUUUAGAGAACGAAUCUUUCAAUGUAUAUGGGCUCUCUUUUGUUUCUGUCUAUUGUACACAAGAGAGUGUCCCCUACUUAUAGCUCCAAUAUCUAUAUUAACACCAUUAUUUGUCUAUACUUCUUGUAUUGAACCAAGCUAGCUAGCAAGCUACCUCAGCAUUCAUCACCUUCAUGGAACCAAAAAACACCAAUGGAUCGUCAAGAAGCUAUGAGCAUGACAUUAUCGGUUGGUUUGAGGACAUAUCAAAGAAAGCCGGCCAAGUUCAGACCGAGACUCUUCGCCGAAUUCUUGAGCUCAACUGGGGUGUGGAGUAUCUCAACAAAUGGUUAGGGGAUAUCAAUAUUCAAGACAUGGAUGCAAGUGCAUUGGAAUCUCUGUUCACUUCUUUGGUACCUCCUGCUUCCCAUGCAGAUUUAGAGCCUUACAUUAGCAGAAUUGCUGAUGGGGAUACUGUUCCGUUACUCACUAAACAACCUAUAAAACUUCUCUCCUUAAGUUCUGGAACCACAGACGGAAGGCAGAAGUUUGUUCCUUUCACUGACCAUAGUGCUCGAACAACUCUUCAAAUUUUCAGCUUGGCAGCAGCUUAUAGAUCAAGGGUUUAUCCAACAAGGGAAGGAGGAAGGAUCCUUGAGUUCAUAUACAGCAGCAAACAAUUCAAAACAAAAGGAGGGUUAACAGCAGGAACAGCUACAACCCAUUAUUAUGCAAGUGAAGAGUUUAAGAUCAAACAAGAAAAAACAAAGUGCUUCACUUGUAGUCCACAAGAAGUCAUUUCUGGUGGAGACUACAAGCAAUCUACUUAUUGUCAUCUUCUUCUUGGCCUCUUCUUCUGUGAUCAAGUAGAGUUUAUAACCUCUACUUUUGCUUAUAGCAUAGUUCAAGCCUUCACAGCAUUUGAAGAUGUGUGGAGAGACAUAUGCAAUGACAUUAAACAUGGUACUCUUAGUGAAAGAAUCAACUUGGCAAAGAUGAGAAAGGCUGUGCUGUCUAUCAUCUCUCCAAAUCCAAGCUUAGCUUCAAAGAUAGAAGAAAACUGCAAGGAGUUGGAGACUCAAAAUUGGCUUGGUUUGAUUACUAAGCUUUGGCCAAAUUCCAAGUAUGUUUACUCCAUAAUGACAGGCUCAAUGCAACCUUACUUGCAAAAACUAAGGCAUUAUGCUGUGGGCUUGCCAUUAGUGAGUGCUGAUUAUGGAUCAACAGAGAGUUGGAUUGGAGCUAAUGUGGAUCCUUAUUUGCCUCCUGAAGAUGUUACUUUUGCAGUAAUACCAACCUUCUCAUAUUAUGAGUUCAUGCCACUUUAUAGAGAGAAUCAUGAUUGUGGCUCAGCCAUCGAUGACUUCAUCGAAGAUGAACCGGUACCACUCUCAAAAGUCAAGGUAGGACAAGAGUAUGAGAUUGUCCUCACUACUUUUACUGGGCUUUAUAGAUGCAGGCUAGGGGAUGUAGUGGAGGUUGCUGGUUUUCACAAAGGGACACCAAAAUUGAACUUUAUAUGCCGGAGAAAGCUAAUUUUAACUAUAAACAUUGACAAGAACACUGAAAAAGAUUUGCAGCUGGUGGUGGAGAAGGGGUCUCAGCUACUCAUGAGCAAGGCUAGAGCAGAGCUUGUGGAUUUUACUAGCCACGCUGAGUUAGAAACACAGCCAGGUCACUACAUAAUUUACUGGGAAAUCAAAGGAGAUGUCGAAGAAGAGGUUCUUGGUGAGUGUUGCAAGAAAAUGGAUGCAUCUUUUGUUGAUCAUGGCUAUGUGGUGUCAAGAAGAACCAAUUCCAUAGGACCUCUAGAGCUUUGCAUUGUCAAGAUGGGGACUUUCAAGAAGAUCUUGGAAUAUUUCAUAGGAAAUGGAGCAGCAUUGAGCCAGUUCAAGAUUCCUAGGUGCACCAGCAACCAUGGACUCUUGAAAAUUCUCAAUGGAAGCACCAUUAAAAGGCUCUACAGCACUGCGUAUAGCUAGUUAAUAAUUAAUAUAAUUCCAAGAAUUUUUGUUUGGUGACUUAAUUAGUCUACUCAAUAAAUAAUUUUUGUCUUAAAUAA